AUGGAUCAAGAAGCAGCCUCAAGUCAUCCCGCCGAGGCCAGUCCACCUGAGAGCCCGGAGCAGCCUCACGCGGGCUAUCGAAGCGUGAUUGCCUCAUCGAUCAAUCUGGUUCAAAGCUAUCGUAGGAGUCAGUUAUUCAUUGGCGACAAUCUGCCGAACAGUUUCAGCGAAUCGAGCUUCAACGCCAACUACCUCUCUUCAAGACAGCAUCGCGGUGUUCAUGAUGGGGCUGAAAGUGACAAUGAUGAUGACGGUCGUUCGUAUGCGACUUCCUUCAGUGAUCGCGAUGGCGAGAUAGAACGGGCUGAAGGCGACGAGGAGUAUUCAGAUGAUGAGGAUACCGAUAGAGAUCUCCCGAGCUCGUUUCUACCUCCAAAUGCUUUUGGCAGUCGUCGAUUGCCUGCUUCGCGUUGUUCACGAGCCUCACAGGCGAGUUUUCCGAGGCAGUGGACCCGACAGACCUCCGGCUCUGCAAGAUCACGCCUACCCAACCAAGAAGGGGAUCUCCCUGGUGGCCCACACUCGCCCAGAUCGACUCAGUUCAACAGGACUCUUGAGAGGACCCCCACCGCCGAAAGCUCUCAGCUAAUCACUCCACAGCUCUCCUUCCCUCGUUACGGCAGCCUGAACGGAGAGUCAUCCGGACGGCGCUUCUCGACCGCCCGCUCUUCUUUCAGACAUCGAGAGAGACCCGACUCGGAGGCAGGCUCGGCUGCCGAAUCUCAAGACCCCCGCCAACCAACUCCGUCUCACUGUUCGAGCACCUCCCGGGCCGACUUUCGGCACCCUCCCGCCCUCGGCACUAGUACUUUCGGACAAACCCUGUUCAAUGCCUUUAACAUCCUCUGUGGCGUAGGCCUUCUCUCCGAACCUUUGGCCUUCUCCGCCAUGGGAUGGGUGGGCGGCGUCCUCUUGUUCAUCUUCUGUGGCCUUUCCACUAACUACACAGCCAAAAUUCUCGCACGUCUCAUGGCCGAAGACCGAUUCUUGCUAACAUACAACGACAUCUGCUAUAAAGCAUUUGGUCGCUCGAUGCAAUAUCCCAUCGCAGGUCUUUUUUGUCUUGAGCUGUUUGCUCUUUCAGUAGCCCUGAUGGUGAUCUUCGGCGACUCGCUGGCAACGAUUUUCCCGGACAUCUCUGCGGACUCAUUCAAGAUCCUAGCCUUCUGCCUCGUCCUGCCGACAGUCUUUAUGCCUCUCCCGCUUCUGAGUUACACCAGUCUGAUCGGCCUCGUCAGCAGUCUCACCCUCGUCGGUGUCGUGGUCUUCGAUGGCCUCGUCAAGGAAGAGGCGCCUGGUAGUAUUUUCCAUCCGGCAAAAACCAGUCUCAGUCCGAGUCAUCGAUGGGGUUUAAGUGCUGGUUUAAUGAUGAGUGGCUUUUCCGGACAUUCGGUCAUGCCAAGUCUAGCCAGAGAGAUGCGAAACCCUCAGGACUUCAAUCGGAUGGUAGAUUAUGCUUAUGUUGCCGCUGGCUCGAUGUACUUGAUUGUCGGUUUGAUCGGCUACUUGAUGUUUGGCGACGAUGUUAGCCAAGAAAUCACGCAAGAUCUCCUCCGCACACCCGGCUUCCCUACCGCCAUCAACCACUUUGGCAUCUGGAUGGUUGGCAUAAACCCUGUGGCCAAGUUUGCUCUUUGCACCCGUCCCUUGAAUGUUACGAUUGAGCAUUUGCUUAACUUGACCUCGAUGGAUGACAUGUCUGAUCCACAUGCCCCAGCGAUCCAAAAACGCUCCACGCCCGUGCCUACUAGCCAAGCCCUGCCCAAGAAUGCGGUCUCCAGCCACCCUAAUCAGCUCACCCCUCGAUCAACUCAUUCUGAUCUCCGCGGUUCCUACCAUGAAGCUGCCUCCGGAUCUGCUGGCAAGAACAAGCCGGCGAUGUUUACUAAGGCUUUGGGUAGGACGAUCUCCCGAACUGUUGUGACUUCCUUGGUCGUGAUUGUGUCAAUAUUGUUGCCUAACUUCGAGCGAGUGAUGGGAUUUUUAGGGGCCUUUGCAGCCUUCGUAAUUUGUACCAUUCUGCCCGUCUCGGCUGAGAUGAUAAUGACCAGGGGCCAAGGAAGAAGCCCGACCACGAAGAUAAUCAACAUUGUCCUACUGGUCGUUUCCGUCGUGAUGGCGGCCAUCGGGACAACCUACUCAUUUCUGCCGGCCUGA